GAGGGAUAGAAAGCGAGAGAGCGAAGGGAGGGAGGAGAGCGUUUAUGUCUAGUGACAGCCAACAGUAGCACCACAUACAGCCAGAAGAGCGAGCCCCUACAAGAUGCUGAGCGUCGCCCUGCUAUACGCGUGUGCAUUCGUCUUCGGACAAGUCUGCGCUAAAUCCGAUAACGGCAAUUUUUUGGAUGAUAAGUGGCUUGCGGGGAGAUGGGACAAAUUCCGAGAUGAGCCAGGAACAUGGACACCAAGCAAGCCCAUGGACCAAGGGCUGGACCCAGCCAAAGACCCCUGUCUGAAGAUCAAGUGUGGCCGACACAAGGUGUGUGUGGCCGAGGACUACAAGACCGCCACCUGCAUCAGCCAACGGAGGGUCAGCUUCAAGGACCCCAGCCUCUUCCAGAGUCCUGGCUCCAAAUGUGAGCCCUGCCCAGUGGUCCACCCCUCUCCUGUGUGUGGGACGGACGGACACACCUACUCUACCAAGUGUAAGCUGGACUACCAGGCCUGUAUGAGUGGUAAGAAGAUCUCUGAGAAGUGUGCUGGCAUGUGUCCCUGCACCACACUGCCAGAGCACAGCAGCGCAGAGAAGAAAGUGUGCAGUGAGUCUGAUCUCAAGGAGGUGGUGAGCCGGCUGAGGGAGUGGUUCAGAGUGCUUCAUGACAACGGCAGCCACAAGAGAACCAAGGCCCAGAAACCAGACCAGAGCAAGUUUGGCUUGGGGGCGUUGCCCAUCUGCAAAGACCCCCUAGGCUGGAUGUUCUCCCGGCUGGACACCAACUUUGACCUCCAGUUGGACCAGUCGGAGACCAGGAGCCUGUACCUGGACCGCAACGAGCCGUGCUCCGAGGCGCUCUUCAGGUCCUGCGACGUCCGCCGUGACCAGCUCCUCAGCAGCUCUGAGUGGUGCACCUGCUUCCAGAGACACACGGACUCCCCCUGUAAGGUAGAGCUGUCAAAUGUCAACAAGAAGCAAGCUGGGAAAAAACUACUUGGUCAGUACCUGCCUGCCUGUGAUGAGGAGGGGUACUACCGGACCCACCAGUGCCACGGCAGCAGCGGGCAGUGUUGGUGUGUGGAUCGCUAUGGCAACGAGGCCUCUGGCUCACGCACACACGGCCCAGCGGACUGCGGCGUGGUCUUGGAGUCUUCCGGGGACCCUGGCAGCGGAGAUUCUCUGUUCUCGGACGAAGACAAGGACUCCUUCGGUCGGAACGCCAAGGCCGGGAUGGACGACGACGAGGACGACGAAGACGAGGAUGACGACGACGGCACCGACGAAUACCUGUCGUAAAGGGUUCCCCUUCUUCAGAAAAAUAAAAGAGAAGCUAAGAGAGAGAAUGGGUUCUCUUGGUCAAACUGCACGUUUUUAGGUGACUUUUCCCCGGGGGCAGAUACUUAUUCGUAUUAACAGCCUAUGGACUCUUCUCAGUGUUUUGUUUGUUCAUAAGUCCACAAUACCGAUAUCCCUGGUCAACCUUCUAGGCUUUCUCUUUUCCGACUCCUCGUUCGCGCGUCAUUGGCUAACGACACCGCGUUCAUCCGCGUGCCGGCCAGUGAACGGCGCCGGUGAAACCAGGACUUGUACAGCAUCGACAGCCAAUACAACUCCUUUGGAUACGGUCACUUGUGCAAAGACCCUUCCCUCCCAUUGGACACCCUGGGUCCUCUUCUUUGUAUGACCUGGGUUAUGCCUGCUGAAGCCCAAGGCUCAGUGUUGAGGAAGUGUAACCUCUCCUCCUCCCCCUUCCUUCUCUCUCCCCUCUCCUCUUCUUCGUCUCCUCCCUCUCUCCCGCGCUCUUUUUGUAUGGUGUGAUGUGGAUAAUGCAGAUAGCAGAAACAUUGCACACGCUAGGUUGAUAUCAUUAGUGGGCGAGCUCCACCCGUACAGAGACAGUAGGACUUAGGAAUCACACAGCCGCUUUAGGGGAACCGAAACACAAGUAGACACGGAAUGAAUAGAAAAAAACGAUUCUGGUGACACGAAAUGACUCGCCGUUUUUAUGGAAGAACAAAUAUAUGCUUAUUUCAAAGAACCUUGCUACAGAAAAAAGCCCAAAUAAUGGGAGGAGGAAAAUGCUGUGAUGUAGCAAAACUGUCCACUGCAUUUCAAAUGCGGAGAUCUAAGAGAUUUGAGUGCAGCGUAUUAUAAAAGUAAGGGCUCCGUUUCUAGAAGGACGUCUGGAGAAAUAGAUAACUAAACACAAGAAGAUGAACAGGGGGUUCUUACAUUUUAUUGGGUGUAACUAUAAACCGAAAGUUGCAAAGGCCUUCGGCAACCACCCCUUCACACUGCGGAGAGCUGUGCCUGGAGGCGCAUGCCCACCAGGGGAUCCACACACGACGUAGCUGGGGGGGGGGGGGGGGGUUAGACUGCUGUUAUUUGUUCUACGUAAAACGACAUACAAGUAGCAUACUUAGCGUUCCAGCGAAAGCUUGAUUAUUAAAUGACUUUUCAUAGUGCUCAUUAUACUCGAGAAACUCUUAUACACGCACACGCACACAACUCUACACAGAUAAACACACACAAACUAUCACACACACACCUAUGCACACUCACACAUACACACACCUAUACACAUGCAUACAAAGACACACACCAAUACAUCAACAAUCACACACACACACAUAUACACACCCACACAGACACACAAACACAUAUAAAGCAAAAGACCUACACACACAAACAAACACACACACACAAACAAGCAUAUAUGCACUGAAGACCUGUUAAGGGGGGUGAUUGGCAGGGCAGGUGGGGUGAGGUGUGCCUUUUUUGGUGGUGGUGGUGGUGGUGGUGGUGGUGUAAGUGAAGGUGGAGGAAAAGUGUGCAUGCUAUGAAUACACCUGGUUUUAAAUACCUUCACUGUGUCAGCCACCAGUCUGUUGGAUAUGCAGACAGCUCAGUCUUUGGGUUUUACUCUGUGUUUUGCUUCUUCCCUUAACGGUAGUGAUGCAUACCUCAUAGCCUUUCCUUUGCUUUGUUUCAUAGACUAGCCUAUCAAUGUACGAGAUCUCUGUGUACAAACACGUGCUUCGAUGCGGAGGAUGUUUUAUAUAUUAGUACGAUAACCAAACGAAAGGGGAUUUUUUGCGUGCAGGCAGCAGCUUUAGGUUUGAAGGAUGUCUUUGAUUCUUCUUUUUUUAAAACGCUUCAAUAAGAAAACGUGUUGAUAAACGUUUCAUCCUGCCAAGUCUAGCCACAUAACUGAUUUCAGGCUAACUGUAGAUUUGCUCGUGCUAUUGAUUGUCCGUGACUGUCCAGUUUAUACAGAUGAUUAAAAAUAAAUAAGAGGGAUAUUCAUGAGGCUCAACGGUCAAUAAUCGAAUAUCUCGUUGAGAUUCCAUGUUUAGGGUCUGAAAGGUGCCAUCUCUGUUGGACAAGAAUUUUAGCUCUUAGCUUGUCGUUUCAUUAAGUCUGUUCCUCUGGCGUUCCAGAGAAACCUCCUUCCUAACGUCUGUGGUCUUCUGGGUGGUGGUGACAUAUGAGCAGUGCUUAGAUGACCCAUGACACGGUAGUCACUCUCAACCAAUCACAUGCUGACAUGACAGAACACUUGUAUGGCAUUGUUUAAAGAGUUAAGACAUUUUUACUGUGUAUGUAUGAUUUGCUGAAAUAAAUAUUAUAUUGACCAUGGGGUGCUCGCUUUGUGGAGUUAUACAUCUUGGAGACUCAGACACUGUUAAAAUACACACGUUUUGUCUGCAACUUUCGUCUUCGGUAUGUGUUAACUUCUUGACAUCUGCCUUCUAAAUAAGGGUGCACAACUACUUCCACGUCGACAAUAAAGGGUUUAAGCUGCACUAUGUGUAUAACUUUUUCGCUGCCACCAUCACUUUUGUUCAAGGGUUGUUUUCAUCAACUCCGAAAACCAAAUAGAUUUAGAGAAGAAAGAGCUCCUGGGUUGAUUGAUUUGUGCUGGAUUGUUUUCUCAUUCUACUGAUACUUUAUACUUUAAAUUCCUUUGAACCGCCGGAACAAAGUUUGGGGGUGGAAAAGUUAUUGGUGCAAUGAAAGAAAAGUUCUACUGUGCAGUUUUAAAUAAAUUGCAACAUAAAUGAAUUAGAACGAAUCGAAAAAGUUUAGCCUGAGUAAAAUAUAAAAAAGGAAAUAGGGAAUAUCUAUCUCUGAAAUAAAAAGGCAGAGUUUGUGAUUUUGCAUUAUGCAGUGAAGUCACAGCCUUUCCUUGAGGUUUACUUAUCUUCCUCUGACUCUAUUUAUAUACAUUAUUUUCUCAAUCCUGUUAUCUCCUGCCAUAAGAACAUAAUUGCCCUGAGGGGACUAUUUGACCAUAAUCUUAUCUCAUUCGAUCUAGACUCCUUUUGUACUCUUUGUAGCAAAACAACACUAAAUAAAUACACCAAAAGUCUAGAUAAAAGGAUUUCACGGCCUGCGUGUUAAAGCAGAUGCUGGAGAGAAUGAAAGCAGGCAGCCGUGCCAAAUUUCUCUGCAUUUCUUAUUGAUAUGCAAUGGAUUCUGGGUAAUGGCCAUUAUUGCAUUAUGUAGGAGUGGUGGUGAAUAUUUUAUAAGUCGGUGUGUGAACAGUCACACUUUAGAGAUGGUUCAUGUACACGCACACACAAAAGCAGAAUAAAGUUA